AUGGGGUGCAAAACCAGUGGAUGUGGACUUAAAGCAACAGAAAGCAACAGUAACAGGAUUUGUGGAGCCAAAAAAGUGUUUAAGGCAGCACAAUCCACUGGUAAAAAAUGUGAAAUUUGGCCAUAUGUGCCAUAUAGUAUGGUGGCACAUCCUUAUGCUGCUGGUGUUUAUGACAAAAAGGCACCUCCUAAUUUUGUAAGGGCAACUACUGAUCCUUCUGUUGCUCACUUAAAUCCUGUUGAAGAACAAUAUUCCCUUAUGUUUAGUGAUGAAAAUCUAAAUGCUUGUAAUAUUAUGUAG